AGCUAAUUUUGUGUGAAAAGGAGCGGUUUAAGUAACACUACCCUAAAUUGCACUGCUGUAUUCUUUACGAACAUAUAAUAUUACAGAUUUACAAGAGCAUUUUGGCUUUCUUCAAAGAUAACGAUUGAUAAAAUCAAGUAGUAUUAUAGCUAAGCACUGUAGGAAAAGAGCUGUUUAUUAACAAAGUAAACAAUACCACUUGAACAGUCCCUGUGCUGCAGCAAUACGAAAUAUAAUGCAUAUAAUCCGUUUUAUUGCCUAGUCCUGGGAUCCGCCCGUUUCCGUGAUUGGCAGUGGAGGUGCCACGUGCUUCCGUGCGCCUCGAGGAACGUGGACGGCCACCUCGCACUACAUUACUCCUACAGCCGGUCACCCACCAGAGCCACACCGCUGACACGCACACUUGUGGAGACAGGGUACAGCACCAUGGCGGCUCUGAGUGGCUUUGAUAUCGAUGCUCCACGCUGGGAUCAAUCCACUUUUAUGGGCCGUCUCAAACACUUCUUUAACAUCACGGACUGUCGCACUGCCCUCCUGCCUAAUGCCAAGCUGGAUGAAGCAAAAGCCUUAGUGUAUAGUUGCAGAGCAGGCACUAUCCCUCCAGGUACAACUGAGGAACAGCUGCAUUAUGCCAAGAAGCUCUAUGACUCAGCAUUUCACCCUGAUAGUGGUGACAGGAUGAACUUGAUUGGCAGAAUGUCUUUCCAGGUGCCAGGGGGCAUGGCAAUCACCGGCUUUAUGCUGCAGUUCUACAGGACAGUGCCUGCUGUGGUGUUUUGGCAGUGGGUAAAUCAGUCCUUCAAUGCUUUGGUCAACUAUACUAACCGCAACGCUGCCUCUCCCAUCACACCAAAACAGAUCGGUGUGGCUUAUGCAACUGCAACAAGCACUGCACUGGCCACUGCUGUGGGUCUGAACCUCUACACAAAGAAAGCACCACCUCUGGUGGCUCGCUGGGUGCCUUUUGCAGCCGUGGCUGCAGCUAACUGUGUAAAUAUCCCUAUGAUGAGACAACAGGAGAUCUUGAAUGGCAUUGCAGUCACAGACGAAAAUGGGAAUAAACUUGGUGCCUCUAGAAAAGCAGCGGUAAAGGGCAUCACACAGGUGGUCAUUUCUCGAAUCACCAUGGCAGCACCAGGCAUGAUUCUUCUCCCUAUUUUAAUGCAGAGACUAGAAAAAUACAGAUUUAUGCAGAAAAUUACAUUUCUCCAUGCGCCAUUGCAAGUGAUGAUGGUUGGAGUAUUCCUGAUCUUCAUGGUGCCUGCAGCAUGUUCACUGUUUCCACAGAGAUGCUCUCUGCCUUUGUCCAGGCUGGAGCCAGAGCUCAGAGAAUCCAUCAUUUCCCAAUAUGGUGACAGCAUCACCCAUGUUUAUUUCAACAAGGGCUUGUGAUACUGUUGCCCUGCUUCUCUUAGGCUGGAGGAACAUCGUCUGAUCCUGAUCUUGGCCAAUCCUGAACAAGACCAGUGCAAGUGCCUGGUUUCUCAUAUUCAUACAUUUAGGACAAAUUUCUUUUAAUAUUUUAAUUGUUGUCUACAGUAUUUGACAGUGUUGGGGGGAUGGUGUUUGCUGUAAAUUUGAGGCCUUUGUCCUACUUCUGAAUAACCUCCAGCACAUCUUUAUUGUUGCUUUGUUUCAACUCUUGAACUAGGCCAGAUUGCAGUCAAUGAAACACUGGUUUCCUGACUUAGGUGACUUGUGAACUGAAAUUUAAUCAAAUAUGGACUAAGUUUUAAUGGAAUUGGUUGAAAUGCCUUUAUGUUUAUGGUAGAUAAUUGUUUUACCCAAUUCAGUUUUAUUAAUUGAUUAAUUGUCCAUAAGAAAAUGUGGAAACUGAUUAAUGAGCCUCUUCUUGAUGUAUGUGGUUCUGAGCACUCUGUCAUUAAUAGUUUGUAAGGAGAGGGGACCUACUGUUGCAUACUGCUCUCUCAGGAAUUUUCCAUUUAGAGGUUAUGUGCUUUAAUACUUGAUGACUUGAACCGUUUAAGUAAUCAAGUAAUUACCAGAUACCAAGCUGUUCAAGUGGCAAAAGUCACGUUAAGUCAAACAAAGGUGCAAUUUUUUUUUUUAAAAUAAACCAAACCUAUGUCCAGUUA